AUGCCUCGUCCGCGCCAGAAACACUUUGGGCAGAGGCUCAACCUCUCCGGCAUCCUGCUGUCGGCGCUGCUGUCAGGCGCCGUCUCCGCGUCCAGCCCGCCCUACUUCGACUACCCUGCGCCGCAGGUACCCAUCGUCCCGCCAAGGGUCCCCUUGGAUACUGCGAAGCCCCCAUCAGAAACGCAUGAGUUUUCCUUGCGCCAUAUCUUCCACCGAGGCACCUAUGAACACCCCGACCUUCACGCGCGUCUAGACGUCAAGCCAGAUACCCGUCUCUGGACAUUAUCAGAAGAUGGGAACAAGAAGGAACCAGUUAUCCCUGAUCCAUACCUGGUCGCCUCAUCAAACCCGAUCACGAUACAGCGCUUAGCCGACCGGCGUCUGUCGGUGAUCGAAGGGCACCUAGCAGCGGCGCGGUCUUCCGGGUCAGCAGCGGUUCUCUCUCCAUCGGAAUGGGUAAUGGACACACUGUUGGGUCCAAACAUUUCAGAUAAAGAGAGCGUUUUGACAUUUGCAAAGAUGACCCAAAAUGACUAUAUCGAAGAGCCCGGCACGGAGGACUGGUUCCCCAUCAACGGCAACCUCAACUACUCGUCCAGUUUUGGAUGGCAAGGUGACGGGCUUCGAGGUCAUAUAUAUGCGGACAAGUCGAACAGCACCAUCGUCAUCUCCUUGAAAGGCACAUCACCCGCCCUAUUCGAUGGUGCUGGCACCACGACCAAUGAUAAAGUUAACGACAACCUGUUUUUCGGUUGCUGCUGCGGCCAAGGAGGAUCCUACCUUUGGAGACAGGUCUGCGAUUGCCAAAACGCCACUUAUACCGCAAAUUUGACCUGCAUAAUCGAGGCCAUGAACGACGAGAACCGAUACUACCGAGCCGCGAUUGAUCUCUUCUCUAAUGUUACAGAGAUCUAUCCUGAUGCGAACGUCUGGCUCACCGGUCAUUCUCUGGGCGGUGCAAUGACGAGCUUGCUAGGACUGACCUUUGGGCUACCGGUCGUUACGUUCGAAGCGGUCCCCGAAGCAUUACCAGCGGCUCGACUGGGUCUUCCAAGCCCCCCAGGCCAUGACUCACGUCUUCCUCAGAAAAGACAGUACACUGGGGCGUAUCAUUUUGGACACACGGCAGACCCAGUAUUUAUGGGCACCUGCAACGGAAUCGACUCGAUCUGCACAUGGGGUGGCUAUGCGAUGGAGUCGGCAUGCCACACCGGCCAGAUGUGCGUUUAUGACACCGUCGGAGACAAAGGCUGGCGUGUAGCACUUGGAACCCACAAAAUUAAGGCUGUCAUCACCGACGUCAUCGAGGUUUACGAUCAGGUCCCAGCAUGUGCUGCUGAGGAAGAGUGCUACGAUUGCGAGCUGUGGAAGUUCUUCCGCAGCAACGGAUCUGAGAUCACUACGACCACUACAACAACAACUACUACAAUGACCUCUGCGACUAGGACCUCGACAUGCAAAACACCUGGCUGGUGGGGCUGUCUUGAUCCAACUACGACAACCACCACCACCACAGCGUCGGAGACCACUACGACGACCUCCACCUGCAAGACACCGGGCUGGUUUGGCUGCAAAGACCCAACCACAACAACCAGUGCAACACCAGCACCCACUGCCACAACGACUGAGCCAACACCCACUUCAUCAACCACGUGUCAUGAGCGUGGAUGGUUUGGCUGCCGUGAUCCCACCAACCCAACUACAACUUGCACUUCAGCCUCGACGCCUACGUCUUCAACCUGCAAGACCCCGGGGUUCUUCUGGGGAUGUCUGGAUGAACCUACCAACACUCCUCCAAUUACAUCUGCACCCACCGCGGUACCGACCAGCACCUCCACCGGGGAACCUCACCAUCAUACA